AUGUUGCUGGUUAAAGUCAGUGCUAUGACAGAGGUGCAGAAGGCCGUGGAGGAGCAGGAAAGUGUGACACUUGUCCCUGACAAUGCUGUCUUUUUAGGCCAUGGAGGGCUGAAUCAGCUAGGAGGGGCCUUUGUGAAUGGCAGGCCUCUGCCGGAAGUUGUCCGUCAACGCAUCGUGGACUUGGCCCACCAGGGUGUGAGGCCCUGUGAUAUUUCUCGCCAGCUCCGUGUCAGCCAUGGCUGUGUAAGCAAGAUCCUUGGCAGGUACUACGAGACUGGCAGCAUCCGGCCUGGAGUGAUAGGGGGCUCCAAGCCCAAGGUGGCCACCCCCAAGGUGGUGGAGAAGAUAGGGGACUACAAGCGGCAGAACCCUACCAUGUUUGCUUGGGAGAUCCGGGACCGGCUCCUGGCAGAAGGCGUUUGUGACAAUGACACUGUCCCCAGUGUCAGCUCCAUCAACAGAAUCAUUCGGACCAAAGUGCAGCAGCCCUUCAACCUCCCCAUGGACAGCUGUGUGGCCACCAAGUCACUGAGUCCAGGACACACGCUGAUCCCCAGCUCAGCUGUCACACCCCCGGAGUCACCGCAGUCGGACUCCUUGGGCUCCACCUACUCCAUCAACGGGCUCCUAGGGAUUGCACAGCCUGGCACUGACAACAAGAGAAAGAUGGAUGAUAGUGACCAGGACAGCUGUCGGCUAAGCAUCGACUCACAGAGCAGCAGCAGUGGCUCUCGAAAGCACCUCCGUACAGACACCUUCAGCCAGCACCAUCUUGAGGCUCUUGAGUGCCCGUUUGAGCGGCAGCAUUACCCGGAGGCCUAUGCCUCCCCCAGCCACACCAAAGGCGAGCAGGGGCUGUACCCACUGCCCUUACUCAACAGUGCCCUGGAUGACGCGAAGGCCACCCUGACACCUUCCAAUACACCUCUGGGACGCAACCUCUCGACUCACCAGACCUACCCUGUGGUGGCAGAUCCUCAUUCACCCUUCGCCAUAAAGCAGGAAACCCCAGAGCUCUCCAGUUCUAGCUCCACCCCUUCCUCUUUAUCUAGCUCCGCCUUUUUGGAUCUACAGCAAGUCGGCUCUGGGGGCCCAGCAGGUGGCUCGGUCCCACCCUUCAAUGCCUUUCCCCAUGCUGCCUCCGUGUAUGGGCAGUUCACGGGCCAGGCCCUCCUCUCAGGGCGAGAGAUGGUGGGGCCCACGCUGCCUGGAUACCCACCCCACAUCCCCACCAGUGGACAGGGCAGCUAUGCCUCUUCUGCUAUCGCAGGCAUGGUGGCAGGAAGUGAAUAUUCUGGCAAUGCCUACAGCCACACCCCAUACUCCUCCUACAGUGAGGCCUGGCGCUUCCCCAACUCCAGCCUGCUGAGUUCCCCAUAUUAUUACAGCUCUACAUCAAGGCCAAGUGCACCACCCACCUCUGCCACGGCCUUUGACCAUCUGUAG